AUUUAAAUAAUUAGUUGUCAUUUUAUUUAAUUAUUCCAAGACCAAUUAAAAUAUUGUUUUCUUUUGAUAUAAGUUUUAGAUUGUAAAAAAUGAUAAUAAAAACACCAACCGUUGAGGAAUUAAUUGCUCGGAGAAAGAUGCAUAAUUGGAAUAGUUAUUAUGGACAAAUGUUUCAAUAUCCAAUUCGUUUAUCCUCCGAUUAUGUACUUAAAAAUGAAUUAUUGAAUUCAUCCGCAAAAGACAACAAUGACACCGAUAUAGAUUUAUCGCCACGUUUAAUACCAAUAUCACGUAAACCUCAGACAUGGGAAGAAGGACCAUUGGUGCCAUUAGGUAUCACAGUAAUAUUAGCAUUUUUAUUAAUACUAUUAGUUGUAUUUCGACAAAAUCCAACAAUGACUAUUGCCACAUUAUUGGGAUGUUUAGUCAGUUUAUCUGUUGUAUUAUUUAUUAACAAUUUACAUGAUAAUAUGCCUGUUUAUUAUUAA